CCAGCACAAGGUCACAUAAACCCACUCCUCCAAUUCUCCAAACGCUUAUCCUCAAAAGGACUCAAAGUCACCCUCAUCACCACCACCUCAGUCAGCAACUCCAUGCACAUCCACUCCGGCGGCUCAAACUCAAUCCAAAUUGAGUCCAUCCACGACGGUUUCAACUCCGGCGAACUCGGCGACAACAUUCACUCUCAUCUAAACCAUUUCAUCACCGUCGUAUCGCAAAACCUAAUCGAACUAGCAGAGAAACACAGGAACUCCAGUGAUCCUCCGAUAGUGCUCGUCUACGAUGCCAUCAUGCCGUGGUGUCUCGACGUGGCUCAGCGAUUGGGGAUUCCAGGGGCUGCGUUUUUCACUCAGAUGUGUGGUGUUUGUGCGAUUUAUUAUCACCAGAGUGAGGGGAAUUUGAAGGUGAGUUCGUCGAUGGAGUUUGAUUUGCCUUCGAUGCCUGUGAUGGAGAUCGGUGAUUUGCCUUCUCUCAUACCUGAUUGUGAUUUGUACCCUAGUUUUUUGAGUCUCAUGGUGAAUCAGUUCUCGAAUUUUAGGAAAGCGGAUUGGUUGUUGUUUAACACUUUUGACAAGCUUGAAGAAGAGGUAUUGAAUUGGAUGGUAGCUCAAUGGCCUAUCAAGACUGUAGGACCAACAGUUCCAUCAAUGUACUUAGACAAGCGGUUGGAGAAUGACAAAGACUACGGCCUCAAUCUCUUCAAGCCCAAUGUCGAAGCUUGCAUGAAGUGGCUAGACACAAAAGAAAAAGCCUCAGUUGUUUACGUAUCCUUUGGGAGCUUAGCCACUGCAGGACAAGAGCAAAUGGAGGAACUAGCAUGGGGCUUGAAGAACAGCAACACAAACUUCUUGUGGAUUGUCAGAGCUUCAGAAGAGAGUAAGCUACCGAACAAUUUCAUAGCCGAGACAUUAGAGAAAGGUCUUGUUGUGAGUUGGUGUCCUCAGCUUGAAGUUUUGUCUCACCAAGCCGUGGGGUGUUUCAUGACUCACUGUGGAUGGAACUCGACUCUGGAGGCAUUGAGUUUAGGGGUGCCAAUGGUGGCAAUGCCGCAAUGGACUGAUCAAACGACUAAUGCAAAGUAUAUUGUGGAUGUUUGGCACACAGGGGUUCGGAUUAAGGUCAAUGACAAGGGAAUUAUUACUAGAGAAGAGAUAAAGAGGAGUAUAAAAGAUGUGAUGGAGGGGGAGAGAGGGAAUGAGAUUAGAAAGAAUGCUGUCAAGUGGAAACGAUUUGCUAAAGAGGCUGUAGACAAAGAUGGAAGCUCUGAUAAGAACAUUGAGGAAUUUGUUUCAAAACUUGUAGCACCUAGCAAAGAUGUGUGAGUGUUCACAUUUCAAACUUUGGCUCAAUUAGGGGAAAGAAGAGUAUAACACAGGUGUGAGACUAAGAAGCUAGCUAAAAUGCUCAGUGGGUCCCUUUUUAAAACACAAGUGAGGUUCAACUUGCAUAGGCAUUAUUUCUGCUAAAUUAAAAGUUUUUCUCUAGUUCUCAAUGUAAUUGACUUUGUACCAAAUUAGGGUACAGAUCUUUGAAUAAUAUUGUAAUGAUUAUUAGAGUAGCAAACUCAGUUCGAAACUUUGAAUUUGUCCAAUAACACUAAUUUAGAACUUGUUUUGAA